UCAGAUGGUUUAAAGAGUUUGAUGAGCUUGGAUAAAAAUGGGGCUUUACCUUAUAGAUAUCAACUUAGAUUGAUGCUGAGAUGUGUUUUAUUAAUUGGCUUGGGUUAAAGGAGAUUUCUAAAUAUAGACUGAAUAUUCUGUGUAUGUUUAAAUUUCAUGUGCUCUACUUUUUUCUUUUUACUUACCAUUAUCAAAUACUUUCAUACUCUUUACGUUUAUAGUGUGCUCAUUUUCCACAGUUUGUGUAGGUUAACCAAUCAUUUUUUUGGCAUGCAACUGUACUGACAGGUAAUUCAAAGUUUAUAUGGUGAAUUGACCCAAGGGAGUGAUGAAUCACUUUUGGAUGGGAUCUGAAAUGCAGAGUCUUUCAUGGAGAAGCUCUCAGCUUAUUUUUUUGAGUCUACUAUUGUGUGUGAUUUUUCCGAACUCCUACCAAGACCAGAUCCAGCAAUGUGAUAUUAUCCAAGGUUCAAUUUCCUUACCUGUGCUGAUCAAAAAUGGGGACAUCACCUUGGGGGGACUCUUUUCUCUUCAUGACAUGGUGGAGGAGCCAAGUCUAUCCUUCACCUCUACGCCUCCUCCAACCCAGUGCACCAGAUUUAACUUUCGGACAUUUCGUUGGAUGCAAACUAUGAUCUUUGCCAUUGAGGAGAUCAACCGAGAGGGCAAACUGCUGCCCAACAUCACACUGGGUUAUAAGAUCUAUGAUUCAUGCAGUACACCCCACCAGGCUUUGAAGGCAGCCAUGGAGUUAAUGGGAAGUGAGAAAGGUUCAAUGGUUGAAGGAGUGACACAGGGUAUUGGCACAUGUCAUGGUGCCGUACCAGCAGUGAUAGGAGACGGAGGCUCUACUCAAUCUCUCGUUGUGGCCCGUUUCCUGGGAGUUUUCCAGGUUCCACAGGUUAGUUAUUUCUCCAGCUGUGCCUGUCUCAGUGACAAAGAUCAGUUCCCUGCAUUUUUAAGGACCAUGCCUAGUGACUUCUUCCAAGUAGAUGCACUGGUACAACUUGUCAAGCAUUUUGGUUGGACCUGGGUUGGUGUGAUUGCAGGAGAUGAUGCCUAUGGCCAAGGUGGGGCAAACAUUUUUGCCGAUAAGGUUAGAAAGCUUGGUGCUUGUGUUGCCCUCCAUGAGAUCAUCCCAAAGAACCGAGCACAGGCUGCCAUUUCAUCCAUCAUUUCAAAGAUCCGCUCCUCUGGGGCUCGGGUGAUUCUUGUGUUUGCUGUGGAACAAGAUGCAGCUGCCUUGUUUGAUGAAGCACUCAGAGAGGAGCUCACUGGUAUUCAAUGGCUGGCCAGUGAGGCUUGGAGCACUGCUGCCGUCCUCUCCACCCCAAAAAAAUACCACCCCAUCCUCCAGGGUUCAAUGGGAUUUGCCAUUCGACGAGCAGACAUCCCAGGAUUGCAAGACUUUCUGUUUCGUUUGCACCCAUUGAAUCCAGCUGCCUUGGAAGAUCCAUUCUUGAUACCUUUCUGGGAAGAGGUGUUUCAGUGCAACCUCGGUGUCCAUGCUGAAGGUCAGGAACGCAAUGAUGAGGGUAAACCUCCAUGCACUGGAGAGGAAGAGCUUGGGAGUGUAACCAAUAUCUAUUCAGAUGUGUCACAGCUAAGGAUUUCCUACAAUGUCUAUAAAGCUGUGUAUGCCAUUGUUCAUGCACUCAAGGCCAUGAGAAGCUGUGUGAAAGGAAAAGGGACAUUUCCUCAGCAGACCUGUCCAGAUGUAGAUAAUAUACAGCCAUGGCAGCUUCUUCAUUACAUAAAACAGGUGGAUUACUUGAACUCUUUUGGUGAUGAAACCAAGUUUGAUGAGAAUGGUGACCCUGCAGCCAUGUAUGACCUGGUAAACUGGCAGCUCAAACCAAACGGGAAAAUGGAGUUUGUCACUAUUGGCAAAUUUGAUGAGACGACUAUAGUUGGAAAGCAAAAACUCCAGAUCCAAGAGCAGAACAUAAUGUGGAAUGGCAACCAAACCGAAGUUCCCUUGUCAGUAUGCAGCAGCAUUUGUCCCCCUGGUACCCGGAAGGCAAUUAGACCUCACUUCCCUAUCUGCUGCCAUGAUUGUGUGGUGUGUACAGCUGGGGAGAUUAGCAAUCAGACUGAUGCCAUAGAGUGUGUCCGCUGCCUUCCAGAGUUCUGGUCCAAUGAUGAGAGGACAGCCUGUAUACCCAAACAAGUGGAAUUCCUCUCCUAUAGCGACACCAUGGGCAUCACCCUGACGGCUAUUUCUCUUAUUGGUUCUUUCUGCACAUGUGUUGUUGUCUUCAUAUUCUCCUGGCACCGAAACACCCCUAUUGUUAGAGCAAACAACUCCGAGCUGAGCUUUCUGCUGCUCUUCUCCUUGACUUUAUGCUUCCUGUGUUCUCUGACCUUCAUUGGCCGGCCCUCUGAGUGGUCUUGCAUGCUGAGACACACAGCAUUCGGCAUCACAUUUGUCCUCUGCAUCUCCUGUAUUCUUGGGAAAACUAUUGUAGUACUUAUGGCCUUCAGAGCUACAAUCCCAGGUGGCAAUAUGAUGAAAUGGUUUGGGCCUGCCCAGCAAAAGGCAAUCAUCGCUUUUUGUACACUUGUCCAGGUAAUUAUCUGUACAGUCUGGCUGGUUGUUGCUCCUCCCACUCCACGCAAACUCAUGCCUCGAGAGAGCGCGAUUGUCAUUCUUUUAUGCAACGAAGGUUCACCUGUAGCUUUCGCUCUGGUCCUGAGCUACAUUGGCCUGUUGGCCUGCCUCUGCCUUCUCCUGGCCUUCCUUGCAAGGAAGCUCCCAGAUAACUUUAAUGAGGCCAGACUCAUCACCUUCAGCAUGCUCAUUUUUUGUGCCGUGUGGGUAGCCUUUGUUCCCGCCUACAUCAGUUCUCCAGGGAAGUACUCCACAGUCACAGAGGUGUUUGCAAUCUUGGCCUCUAGUUAUGGACUUCUCGGCUGCAUUUUUGCCCCAAAAUGCUACAUAAUCUUACUGAGGCCAGAAAAGAACUCGAGAAAACACCUGAUGUCUAGAGGUUCCACUGACAAAUUUUAGGAGACCAUACAUAAAUAUGGACUUAUUUUAUUGCCAAAAUAAAAACAAAUGCACAUGUAUAUGUUAACCUCAGUUCACUUCCAAAUGUUUUUUUAAAGAGACUGUAUUUAUAAGCCUCAUGUCCUUGAAAAUGAGAAGUCAAUUUAUACCACCAGGUGGUAGUAGUGUGCUUUUCAUGCCAUUUGAACUCAGGUAAUGUGCAACCAUGCUGUCACACAACUUUAUUCUUAUCUACAACUGUCCCUAUGUGUUUGUUUAUUUUCUGCAACAAG